AGGCUAGGCUAAAUGUAGCUGUAGAAGGCGCCCUCAAUAAAGAAACGGGCCAAAGUUCUUUAAGUUUACAGCGUAGCCUACACAGUACACAGGCAUAGGCCGAGGUCUAAUCCCAGCACUGUCUUUUUACUUUAUCAGUGACGCAGUCUAGGCUAUUUAUUCACUCAGAGUGCAGCAGAGAGAAAAGGGAGGAGACAAACAUACAGGACUGUUGUAAAUUCGGUGAAGCCGUUUGUGUGUGUCGUUGGACUAGGCUCUUAGAGAGUGGUCAAAACAGUGAGUCUUCAAGUAUGGUCGAGUGGCCAAAACGAUCGUCGUCAGUAGAGCUCAAGGUUCAAAAUGCCUGGAGGAGCGAUGCUCUUAUCUGUGGUACUUCUUGUUGUGAUAAGUACUGUGAGACCUGCAGCUGGUGUGCGGGAUUUCCCUGAACUGAGCCACCUGAAGACCAAGACGUCCCCAGAUGUCCAGAGAGAGGCGGCCAGAGGGGUCAUCUCCAGGCUGGUCAAGGACAGAGCCGCGGACUUUGAUGUGGACGUGAACCCAGACCUGGGACCCAAGGAGAGAGACACUUUCAGGCUAAGUUCUACCGGUGAUGGAAGAAUCCUGAUCGAGGGUACGACUGGCGUGGCGGUGUCCAUGGGCUUUUACCAUUACAUCAAAUACUGGUGCAACGCUCAGAGGACAUGGGCUGGACAACAGACGGAGCUACCACCAACUCUCCCGGUCAUUGAAAAGCCAGUGGUCAUUACGAGCAAUGACAGGUUCCGCUACUACAAGAACGUAUGCACGGAGAGCUACAGCUUCGUCUUCUGGCAGUGGGACAGGUGGGAGCAGGAGAUCGACUGGAUGGUUCUACACGGGAUCAACAUGCCACUCGCCUUCACAGGACAGGAGGCAAUAUUCCAGAGGACUGUACCCUCAUGCCAACGUGACUCGCCUCCCCUUGUGGGCAGGGUUCAACUCCACAUACUCAGCGACAUAUUUGUUGGACUUUGAGGAUCCUUUAUUCCAGAAAAUUGGCGGUCUCUUCAUACAAGAGACAAUUGAUGAGUACGGCACUGACCACAUCUACAACGCAGACACAUUCAAUGAGAUGUUACCAGCGUCAAACUCUAGCGAGUACAUAGCUAAGGCAGGUCGCGCCGUGUACCAUGGGAUGAUUGCUGGCGACAACAAGGCUGUCUGGCUUAUGCAGGGAUGGUUAUUCAUGGCGUCUGGCUUCUGGGGAGCCGAGCAGGUCAAAGCCCUGGUCACAUCUGUUCCCCAGGGUCGAAUGAUUAUCCUGGAUCUAGCCACAGACCUCAACCCAAUAUACGCCCACUUCCAAUCCUAUUAUGGUCAGCCAUUCAUCUGGUGUAUGCUACACAACUUUGGUGGCACCUCAGAGCUCUUCGGGUCUAUAGACGUCUACAACACACAACCGUUCAAAGGCCGUAGCUUCCCCAACUCCAGUAUGAUCGGCAUCGGGAUCACCCCGGAGGGAAUCAACCAGAACGAGGUGGUGUAUGAGUUCAUGGCAGAGAACACCUGGAGGACAGAGCCCAGAGAUAUCUUUAAGUGGGUGGAGCAGUACGCCCUUCAGCGCUAUGGAGCUAAUAACGCCGCCAUCGCGAGUGCCUGGACUCGCCUCAUGAGCUCUGUUUACAACUCGACUGACGGUCACCAUGACAACGACUGGGUACUCAUUUCCGAGCGACCGUCGACCAAUCGUGGAAUUGACAUCUGGUACCGACCCCUGGACUUGUUCCUGUCCUGGGAAGGUUUCUUGACGGCCUCCCAAGAGCUGGAAGGCAACCAACUGUUCCGCUAUGACAUCACGGACGUGACAAGAAACUCCUUACAGAUCAUCUCCUACUUUUACUACUUCAGUAUGAUGGAGAGUUACAAGAUCAAUGACACAGCUGGGAUCAAGUCAGCUGGUGGAAAAAUGUCCAGUCUUCUGGCCGACAUGGAUCAUCUCCUCAACGCCAACGAUCGUUUCUUGGUGGGUCGCUGGAUUAGGGAUGCACGUUCAUGGGGCUCGGAUGACAGUGAGAAACUUCUGCUGGAGUAUAACGCCAGGAACCAGAUCACUCUGUGGGGACCUAAUGGGGAGAUUGUGGACUAUGCUGCUAAGCAGUGGGCUGGUGUAGUGGCAGGGUUUUAUAAACCUCGUUGGGAAUUUUUUACCUCCUGGUUGGUGGAACUUGUACAGAAU